AUGCUCCUCGCGGGGCUGGUCUCCUCGACCCUUGCCCAGACCUUCAGCGACUGCAACCCUCUCGACAAAACCGGCUGCCCUGACGCCCCCGCCCUUGGCACCAACGCCACCUACCACUUCAACACCAGCAGAGCCGACUCGUCGGUAUGGAACGAAACCGCCGGCAAGGUCAAAUACACGACCCACGCCGGCGAGUUCACCAUCAACGGCCAGGGCGACUCCGUCACCAUCUCCACCCAAUACUUCCUUUUCUUUGGUCGCGUCGAGAUCGUCGCCAAGCCCGCGCCGGGCCAGGGUAUCGUUAGCAGUAUCGUCCUGGAAUCGGCCGAUCUUGACGAGGUGGAUAUCGAGUGGAUCGGCGGCAACAACACCCACUGGCAGUCGAAUUACUUUGGAAAGGGCAACACCACUUCGUACGACCGUGCCAUCUGGCAUCCCGUUGACGACCCGCAAAACGUCUGGCACAACUACACCGUCGACUGGACCAAGGAAAGGAUCGAGUGGUGGGUUGACGACGAUCUCAUCCGCACCCUCAAGUACGAGGACGCCAAUGGCGGCGACAACUUCCCGCAAACGCCCAUGAACCUCAAGCUCGGUAUCUGGUCCGGCGGUGACCCCGACAACAACAACCAAGGCACCAUCGAAUGGGCUGGUGGCGAAACCAACUUCCACGAUGCCCCCUUCACCAUGUACGUCCAGCAGGUGUACACCGAAGACUACACCACUGGCAGCAAGUCGUACAAGUACGGAGACAAGACGGGUAGCUGGGAAAGCAUCAUUGUCAACAACGGUACCUCUCACGCCGAGAAGGAGCUCAACGCGCCUCACGGCACCGCCGAGCACUGGGCCGCUCUGCCGAAGUGGGCCCGCGCCGUGAUCCCGGCGGCGGCGGUGGCUGUCUUUGCCAUUGGCCUUGCCGUCUUCAUCUUCUGCUGCAUCAAGCAGCGGCGGGCGGGCCACAAGGCGUACGCGCUGGCCAGCGAGGAGUGGAACAAGGAACAGGAGGAGCUGCUCGAGUACAAGUCGCAGUACAAUGCCCGGAUGAAGAGCGGCGAGUACGCGCCCGGCGGAAGGUUGUAA